CGCCACACCACCACCAAACUCCUCUUCCUCUUCUUCUUCCUCUUCCUCUCUCGCGUCACCACACUGAUCGAUCGAUCAGAGCUCAGAGCUCAGAGCUCUAGCUCAGCUCGGCUGCCUCGUGCGGUGAGCUGCCGCCAUACGUCUUGUUGCUGCUUGCGAGCGAGAGACGUACGGGGUUCUUGGAUCUGUUUGAUCGGGGCAGGAGAGGAGUACUGACGCGCGCGACCAUGGUGAGGCCGCCGUGCUGCGACAAGGAGGGUGUCAAGAAGGGGCCAUGGACGCCGGAGGAGGACCUCGUGCUCGUCUCCUACAUCCAGGAGCACGGCCCCGGCAACUGGCGCGCCGUCCCGACCAGGACCGGGCUGAUGCGGUGCAGCAAGAGCUGCCGGCUCCGGUGGACGAACUACCUGAGGCCGGGGAUCAAGCGCGGCAACUUCACCGACCAGGAGGAGAAGCUCAUCGUCCACCUCCAGGCCCUCCUCGGCAACCGGUGGGCGGCCAUAGCCUCCUACCUGCCGGAGCGGACGGACAACGACAUCAAGAACUACUGGAACACGCACCUCAAGCGCAAGCUGCAGGGUGGCGGCGGCGGCGAGGGGGAAGGUUGCGGCGCCGCCGCGGCGUCGUCUAAGCCCGCCGCGCAGAGGCCGGCGUCGUCGUCCAAGGGGCAGUGGGAGAGGCGCCUCCAGACGGACAUCGACAUGGCGCGCCGCGCGCUGCGGGAGGCGCUCACGUCGCUCGACGACGUCAAGCCGCAGCCCGACGCCGCCGCCGUCGUCGCCGCCGGAGGAGGCAAGCCAAAGCCAGCAGCAGCAGCCGGCGCCGUCACCGCAGAUAGCCCCGCCGCGUCGAGCUCGUCCGGCGCGUCGCAGUGCUCCCCCUCGGCGGCCGGCUACGUCCUCACCACCGAGAACAUCUCCCGGAUGCUCGACGGCUGGGCCCGGAAGGGCAGCGGCCCGGCCACCCCCGGCGCCACCGAGAGCGCGUCCGGCUCAUCGGAAGCCUCGGACGUGUCCUACGGCGGCGGCACCGCCAUCUCAGCCGCGCCGGCGCCCGCCUCCACCUUCGACUACGAGACAAAGCCAACCCUCACCGCCGCCGUCGCCGCCGCCGACGACACACAGCUCUCCGCCAUCGAGUCUUGGCUGUUCGCCGACGCCGACGGCAUCGAAAGCGGCAGCUUGCUCGACGCAGCCAUGGAUUACACCUUCUAAUCCACCAAACACCCCAAGAAUCGUAGCCCAACCUCAAGAUCGAAAACUACACAGAUCCUGAAGUCAUCCUAAUCACUUGGGAUCUGCGUAGUUUUCGCUUAGAAAGAUCAAAAAAAAGAGAGGAGGGAUUAAUUAGAGGUGUUGCUCCACUGUUAAUUGAAUAUGCUCAUGGUAAUUUUGGGUUUUAGCUCGGAUUAAUCAAUCACUAGUAACAAGGUUAAAAUUAAGUAGAUCCACAAGCCUGCAAGAUGCAGAGAGUGUGGGAGAGAAUAACGUGAGUUAUGUCACAUACUUGUCAAUUGUCAUAUACUGCUGUACCAUCACUAACUCAAGUCAGUAGAUUAGUCACUGGGCUUUGUCAAAUUAUACUCUCUCUUUUUUUCACUUUUAGCUGUCUGUCAAAUACUCAAAAGUUGUAGAGAUAUUCUGCUAAAAAGUUCAGUUAAUUAACCUGUGAGUAAAAAAUAGCAAUGGUAGUAAUUUGCCUGUAAAAAAGCCAAAUAUAUUU